AAUUAAAUUCAUGCCAAAGAACAACAUUGAAUAAAAAAUCAUAAUAAUUUUUGGAUUCAGACUAAAGUGACGAAUGAGUCGUGCCACUGUUGAAUAAAUUCGGAAGUUUUAAUGUGAAUUUUUUGUUUUUUAUUUUUUUUUUUUUUUAUUUUUCUUUUUUUUCUGUAUAGUGUUGUAAUUGUGUUAAAAUAGAUUUCAAUGAAUUUAAUACAAUUGUGGAUAAUUGCGAUAGCAGCUGGUGUCUUUUGUUCAAUUCAAUCAAGUGCACAAAAGAAUAAUAUUAAUGAAAAUUUUGAAGAAAAUUUUCAAAAUUUAAAAAAAUUAAUUAGUGAAAAUGAUGAAAAUAUUGAAUUAUAUAAAAAUUUACGAAAUAUUAGAAAAAGAUCAUUAUUAAAAAUUAAUAAUGAAUUUGGAAUAUCCGAAAAUGAAAAUCUAAAUAUUAACGAUGGCGAUUAUCAAAAACAAAAUGAUGUUAAUUUAGAAAAUCAUAAUAGUUCAAAUGAAAUUCAAAUGAAUAUUGGAAAAUUUAAUGGAAAUAUUUUAUCACCUGGAUACCCGAAACCAUAUUCGUUGCCUAGCUUUGAAAAUUAUACAAUAUCUUUAGAUCCAACAUUAGAUUUGAAAUUAGUCUUCUAUUUAUUGGAUACAAGAUAUCAAAAAGAUUAUAUCAAUAUAACAUUAGAAUAUUUCGAUGAUAAACAAAAUAUAGUAUUCGAAAAUUCUAGUACAUUACUUUUAAGUGGAACAUUUGAACAAAAUUUAAAUUUUUAUGCUAGAAACUAUCAUCGCCUUAAAAUAGAAUUUCGUACAUCAAGAAAAUUUUCCAAAUAUCAAAAUUCAAAAGGAUUUUUCUUAAAUUACAAUAUUUUAAAAAUGAAUCUCAGUAAUGUAGAUGGACUAUUAUUGCCAGGAACAACAACUAUAUUUACAAGUAAAUUGGUAUCAAUCCCAAAAAAUUUAUCACCGCAAUUAAUAGUAUCAGAUGAAAAUAUUAAAAAUUUAAAAAUAUCAUUUUGUGAAGCUAUCAAUGCAAUUAAAUAUGACAAUGAAACUUCAAAAUGUGAUAUUGAUUUAGUAAAACAGGAUAUUAUCGUUGGUUUAACUGCAAUCAAUUCGAAUUCAAGUGAAUCGGAUGGUUUACAGACAUCAAUGCAAAUUAUUUGUUCUACUACAAUGGAUUAUAUGAGAAAUGCUAAAAUGGAAAUAAUAUAUCGUAAUCCUUAUGAAACGGUACUUAUGUGGUUAGCUGUAUUUUUUGGAAGUGCAGUAGGUUUAGCUGUUAUUAUAGUCGCCAUUAUUCGUUCUAAUAUUUGUGGAUUUAGAAAAUCAAAAAUUAAUAAUAAUUUAACAGAAAUUAAUAAUCAUAAUAAUAUUAUACCAACAAUUGCUAUUAACGGCAGUAGAGAUGUUGAAAGAAAUGGACAUAUUAUUGAAAAACCUUAUGAUACAUGUAAUAAGGCUGCAUUUCAAGGACAGAAUGAAUUGCAAGAGGGUACCUCAGGAACUUGCACUUGUCGAAUUCAAUUAAGUGAAGAUGAAAAAGAAAAAUUUUAAGAUUAUCAUUUAAUUUUAAUUAUAUUGUAAUUUUAAGGAUAAAUAUAUAGGAUAUUUGUAUAUAUUAUUAUUAAGCUA